AUGCAGAAAUCCAAGACUAGGUGGGUUUCUCCGGAUUCAUUGUGCCUUCCUUUUCUGGAACUUUUUUACCCACCCGCCUUUACUUUUGCCAUUUUUCGAGUCUUUCAGCUGGUAUAUUAUCUGUAAAUCGUAGUUGCACUGGAAGGGCAUUGACUAGGGAUCUGCUCCGCAUUGGAUAUACAUUUCCGUUUUCCUUCUUGAACGUUAUACAAUAGAAAGCGAGAAUCUACGUGAGUGGUAGAUUCUAUCUAUCUGGGUUAAUGAGGUUCAGCCAACCAGGAACUGGGCAAAUUCCCGAACCGUGGAAAGUUUUCUUUUGCUUCCACGUCGGUCUCUCUAUCCCUUCCCAAAACUAAUAGUUCUGGUAGAUUGGCCUAUCUCUUUGAAUGCAGAGUUUUCUGGUUCGUCCCUUUGUGUUCAUAUUACUGUUGCCCUUUCUGUUUUUUUUUGUUUUAAUUUUUUUAUUAGAUUCUCUGGGCCAAUAUUGUAUGGAAUAUAUUCAUUUGGAAAGUUUCAAUCAGUACGGUAGAACAGAUUGAUCCAGUAUCUUCGUAAAAUUGACCUCUGAUAAUUGUAUCUAGUAUAGUGUCAUACUAAAAUUUGGUUUCCCGUUCAGCAAAUGGGUUUCUAUGAUGUGACGAUUUUUAUUAAAUUCCAUGUGAUUAUAUUUAAGUCAAUGCCCUUUGCUUGUCUCUCUUUAACGACUGCUUUGUUCAAACUGUACGUUCUUUGUGUUCAUUGAAAGAUUUUCGGCUACCAUUAAUACCUCUGGGGGAUUUUCUCAACGGCACUUGGGUAUCUCCUUAGUGCUAAUUUCCUCGAGGAUCUUAUAUAGCGCCGUUCAUGUGUAUGAUUAUUUUGCUAUAAAUGCUUUCUUAUUUCUUCUCUUUCUGGUACUCUUGGCGCAGGACUGGGUCUUCUGGCAUGCCUCAAAAGACUUCCCCUGUCACCCCUCGAUCCAAUCGUCAACCCAAGGUGGCUGGGACGGAAUCUGGUUCGUCUGGGUCGACUCCUUCUGCAGCACGGUCUCCUACCGUGAGGAGUCCGAAACCCAUUGAGAGGAAAGCUCCAAAAAGCCCAGCCUCUGAGGUACACUCUUACUUAUUUUUGCAAUUCAAGCUUUUUGGUGUAAUAUGUGCACCGUGUUUAUAGAUCUGUGAGCUCAAUUCCGAUUUUUUUCUUGCUCAAGUUUGAAACUUUCCCUCUCAACUGUCUUCUUAAUAUGUCCGUCUGGAACUCUGUAUCAUGCUUCUAUAACAAAUUCCAUUUUUUUUAUGCUGAAUUUAGUGGCGUUUCUUAUGACUCGUACUCUUUCAUGUUGAUCUCUUGAAACAUUAUUUCCUGUUAUUAACUCGUGUUGGAUUUCUAUCUUGCAAUUCUAGAAAAAACCUGCAAGUAGGGUGUCGAAGUUAGAAUCUCAGCUGACCCAGGUGCAAGAAGAUCUGAAGAAGACGAAGGAGCUGUUAAACUCAUCAGAGUCAUCCAAGAUACGAGCACUGGAGGAAGCCGAUGAGGCCAAGAAGCAGUUCCUAGCCAUGGCUGCAGAUCUCGAAGACACCAAGCGGCAGCUGUUGGAGCUUUCCCGUUCUGAGGUUGCCAGUGCCCAGGAGCUCCAAGUGCCAUCUCAGAACAAUGACCAAGCAUUAGAGUCUGAGCCCAAGUCUCCCAAGGAGCAAGACCCAUUCGAUCCAGCUGCUGUUGGCUGCGCCGUUCAUGAAAUCGAGAAUCUUCAGCUGCAGAUUGAAAUGGCCGUAGAAUCUGAGGCGGCUCAGUCUAUGCAAGCACAACUUGCGCAUUCAGAGCUGCAGAUGCUGAAAAGAGACGUGGUGGAGACAACCUCGCUAGUGGGGACUCUCAAGGCUGAGCUAAAUGGCUAUGAGAAGUCAGAAGCAGAUUACCAGGAACUGGUCAGCGAGACCCAACUCCAGCUACAGGUCGCCAACUCUACCAUCCAAACACUGCAUUCUGAUGGUCUCAAAAUCGUGGGAGCUUUCAAGGCUGUGUGUUCUGAUUUAGAGGCGUCCAAAUCCCAGAUAAACUCCCUUGAGAACGUGGUGAGUGCUCUACAGUCAGAGGUGGAGAACCUGAAGUCGUCGUUGGAAGCGUCUGAGCUCAAACUGAAAGAAGAGCAGAUUAACAGCACGGUGCAGAUCUGUUCUGCUGAGGAAACUGUGAGCGCUCUGAAGGGGGAGGUGGAGCGAUUGAGAUCUUCUCUAGUUGAGGGCACGCUAGAGGAGGCACAGACGAAAACGCUGGCAGAGACUGAGCGUCCGAGGAUUGAUUCUGGUCUAAAGGAAGAUAAACUGGAGUCAACGGUGGAUGAAGCCAAUGCAAGGAUUGCAGAAUUGAAGGCACAUUUAGCUGAAAAGGAGGAGGAAUUGUGCAAAGUUUCGGAUCUGAACGAGACGCUGAGGCGAGAAGUGGAGAAGGUUGGGUCCACCACUCCGACGGAAUGUGGAUUGGAGUCAAAGCUGAAGUCGUCUGAUGAAGAUAUUUCUGAAAUGAGGUCAACUCUUGCCCUGUUGAGGGCGGAUUUGACCGACAGGGAGAACGAGUUGCAGAGGCUUUCGAAUCUAAAUGAGUCACUGAAGGAAGAAAUUGAGAAGCUGAGACCAGCUUCAGCAGAACCUGGUUUGGAAACGAAGUCGGUGGAAGAGGUCGACGAAGUGAAGUCAAAGCUUGCCGAUUUGAGGACAAGCCUGACCGAGAAGGAAACCCAGCUGCAAGAUGUGUUGGAUGCAAAUGAGAGGCUGAAGGAAGAGGUUCGGAAGUUGACGGAGAACCAGACGGAAUCUGAGUUGGAAUCAAAAGGGAAGGCAUCCGUGUCUGAAAUUGCAGAGUUGAAGGAGAAUCUCAUGGAUAAGGAGACCGAGUUGCAGAGCAUUUCCGAGGAGAACAAGGUCCUGAGGGCGGAAAUGCGGAAGAAGGAAGGGGAAAUGCUGAAGACCCAUGAAUCAGCCCAAGUUGAGCUCGAGGCCGCGAAGGCCUCUCAACAGGACGCCAUGACGAAGCUGGGACAUGCGGCUGAGGAAGCAGAUAAGAGUAGCCAGAGGGCCGCCAAGAUGGGCGAACAGCUGGACGCGGUCCGGGCUACGAACUCAGAAAUGGAGGCCGAGUUGAAGAGGCUCAGGAUUCAGACAGAUCAGUGGAGGAAGGCCGCUGAGGCCGCAGCAGCAAUCCUCAACACCGGAAGCAACGGAAAGCUGAGCGAGAAGAGCGGGUCGAUCGAUUCGGAGUACCUCAACUUUGGUGGAAAGCUCUUGAGCUCUCCGUACUCGGACGAGAUGGACGAGGAAGCCACAAAGACGAAGAAGAACACCGUGCUGAAGAAGAUCGGAAUCCUUUGGAAGAAGGGCCAGAAGUAG